AUGGGACAAACAUCUCUUCUGAAGCUGCUCUGGCUGACCUCGCUGCUCUGCUGCACAACAAAACAAGCUGGUCUGACGGUGAGUCCCAGCAGCUCUCAGCUGUUUAAAGGAGCCUCUGUCUCUCUGAGCUGUGAGGAGGACGACAGCUCUGCUGGAUGGAGGCUGAGGAGGAACACCACCAGAGAAACCAGGACUCAGUGUGGAGCUGACUGGGGAAGAUCAGCUGGUUCUUCCUGUUACAUCGGUGUCAUCGUCCCAUUGGACAGUGGAGUUUACUGGUGUGAGUCCAGAGAGGGAGCAACCAGUAACAGCAUCAGCAUCACUGUCACUGGUGGAGCAGUGAUCCUGCAGAGUCCUGUCCUCCCUGUGAUGGAGGGACAUGAUGUCACUCUGCACUGUAAAACAAAGACCCCUCCCUCCAACCUCCCAGCUGCUUUCUAUAAAGAUGGCUCCCUCAUCACAGAGACUACAGGUCACAUGACCAUCCACCAUGUUGACAAGUCUGAUGAAGGCCUCUACAGCUGUGACAUCAGAGGUCAUGGAGAGUCUCCGCCCAGCUGGAUCACUGUCACAGAGACACCCACCACCACAGCUCCUCCACCUCCAGCUGUUACUACAUCUGUAAUCUUUGUUUCUGCAUCUGCCUGUGGUCUGGUGCUCCUGGUUCUCCUGGUUCUGCUGGUUCUGCUGGUUCUGCUGGUGAGACAACGUGUCCGGAGGAAACCUAGAGAGAGUGAAGCAGCGCCGCUGUCCUCAGCUGUGAAAGGAGCAGCUGACGUCAGGUGGACAGGAACUGAUCCAGCUGCAGUUUACGCAGCAGUGGGAAGAACAGCAGACGUCAGUUAUGGACAGAUCAUCAUCAGAGCAAACAGCAGCAGAGGGUGUCCACCAGAGCCUGGGGUCGUCUAUUCGUCACUGAUGUCGACCGUCACAGCUUGUCACCAGUCCACCCACUGACGUCCUGCAGCUGGUUCGCUGCUCACCAACUGGUAUUUUGUAGUUUUGAAUGCUGUUCAAUGAACUGCUGCA